AUGCCAAAGCAUGUCAUCCUACACAUUAUGGUUAUUACAGUGGCAACUUCACAGGCAGUUGUAUAUGUUCUUCAUGUUCUUGCUAUUUCUGAGAUGGACCUUGAAGCCAAAGACUCUCACACAGUCCAUACUGAGUUUUGUUUUCAUGGCUUCAACAUCUUUAAUGACUUUUUUAGUCCGAUAUAUACAUAUGAAGCUACAAUAGAACUUCUCUCUGCUCCAAACGGAUUCAUCCCUAACUAUAAAUGUGAUCUCCAGAAUAAUCUGAUAGCAGUUAUUGAGGGACCAGGUUCUAUGGCUUUUCUGGAUAUGGCUACUAUCCUGACUUACUACAAGUUGGCACAGGUUGCAUAUGCCUCUACUCUAGAGACCAAGACUCAAACUCCAUCUCGUUUCUUCUACUGGAUGCUCCCAAAUGCUCUUCGCCAGUACAAAGGGUUUCUCCAGCUAUUUUUGCAUUUUGGCUGGACCUGGGUUGGAGUGCUUUACCUUAAUAUUGGCAACAUAGCUGAGACUUUGUGGAGGAAUAUUCUUCCCAUGUUUUCCAAAAGAGGCGUCUGCUUUGAGUUCAUAGAACAAUUACCAGCUGGCUUAAUCAGCGACAAUGAAAAAACUGUUCAUAGAUCCCAUGCCAUUUUAAACACGGUUUUCAACAGCACCGCUAAUAUUGUGCUGUUUCAUGGAGAAUUCACGAGUGUAUUAAAUUUAAGGUUUUUACUCAACCUGUUGGAGUUCAGUAAUGUCGGUUAUGGUACAAAAGUCUGGGUGAUGACAGCAGAUGUUGACUUCUCAUCCGUUCUCUUUCAAAGGAGUUGGGACAUUAAUUUCAUGCAUGGAGCUCUGUCUCUAUCAGUGAAAUCAGUGGAGGUAUUAGGAUUCCAAAAUUUUGUUCAGAUGAGAAACCCAGGUUUGGAUAAAGAAGAUAGCUUUUUAAAAGAAUUCUGGCAACAGGCGUUUAAUUGCUUUCUCCCAACUUCUUCUGUCAAGGAAGAGGAUGAGACUAUCUGCAGUGGAAAAGAGAAACUGGAAACUCUCCCUAAGACUGUAUUUGAAACUAGCAUGACUGCCCACAGCUACAGCGUCUACAUUGCUGUCAAUGCAAUUGCACAUGCUUUGCAUAGUCUGUACUCUUCCCAAGGCUGGCAAAGGACAACGAGGAGGCAGAAAGUCCUCAAUCAAGAGUCGUGGAAGAUCCACCAUUUUCUGCAGAGCAUAUCUUUUAAUAGCAGUACUGGAGAGAUUUCCUUUGAUAAAAAUAAGGAAAUCAUUUCUGGGUUUGAUAUUAUAAACUGGAUCACAUUUCCAAAUCAGACAUUUCUUAGAGUCAGAGUUGGAAGGAUAUAUCCAGGAACACUCUCCGACAAACCAUUGAUUAUUUCUGAAGAGAAGAUCAUUUGGCCCAACCGGUUUAAUCAGGAGAGGCCUCUUUCACUCUGUAAUAAGAAGUGCCUUUCGGGUUACAGAAAGACCAAAAUUGAAGGAAAAUCGUUUUGCUGCUAUGAUUGCACUCCAUGUCCAAAGGGCAAGAUCUCAGACAAAACAGAUAUGGAUGAUUGCUUCCAAUGCCCCGAAGAUCAAUAUCCAAACAAUAAACAGAAUUUAUGCAUGCCAAAAUUUAUAACCUACCUGUCCUACAGAGAUAUGUUGGGGGCAGGCUUAGCCACUUCAGCUCUUCUGCUUUCUUUUAUCACAAUCUUUGUGCUAGGAAUCUUCUUGAAGUACCACAACACUCCCAUUGUCAAAGCCAACAACCGCAGCCUCUCCUACACCCUCCUCAUCUCCCUCCUCCUCUCCUUCCUUUGUUCUCUGCUUUUCAUCGGUCGGCCCAUGAAGGUGACCUGUCUCCUUCGACAGACUGCUUUUGGGAUCAUCUUCUCCGUGGCUGUUUCUUGCAUGUUGGCCAAGACCAUCACUGUGGUUCUUGCUUUCAUGGCCACCAAACCAGGAUCAAAGAUGAGGACAUGGGUUGGGAGAAGACUGGCCCUUUCCAUUGUUCUUUCCUGUUCUCUUAUUCAAAGUACUUUUUGUAUGGCAUGGCUUGGAAUUUCUCCCCCCUUCCCGGACUUUGACCUAUGGUCCAUAAAUAGUGAAAUAAUUAUAGAAUGUAAUGAAGGUUCGGUUGCAAUGUUUUAUUCUGUUUUAGGAUUUAUGGGCUUCCUGGCCUUUGUUAGUUUUAUUGCAGCUUUCCUAGCCAGGAAGUUACCAGACACAUUCCAGGAAACCAAGUCAAUUACUUUCAGCAUGCUUGUCUUUUGCAGUGUCUGGUUGUCCUUUGUCCCUGCGUACAUAAGCACCAAAGGAAAAUACACAAUAGCUGUGGAGAUCUUUGCCAUCUUGGCCUCUAGUGCUGGGCUCCUGGCUUUUAUCUUUUUCCCCAAAUGUUAUAUCAUUAUAAUUAGACCAGAUCUUAACAAAAGGGAGCAAUUAACAAAAAGAGUGAAUUAA